AUGCAUAUGCUCAAGAGUUUACUCAUCGUUGCCUGCCUGGCAGCCGUUGCACUGCAGGUGAAUGCCAAGCCACAGCAGGGCAAGCGAUCGGGCCAGUAUCAGGUGCUGAAACGUUAUGAGCAGGAGGAUGUUGAGCUGCCCGCCGAGGGACGCAUCAGUCCCACCAAGUUGGCUGCUAUCAUCAGCGCCUUGAGUGGCAACAGCAGCGGCUCCGGCUCCGGCACCAGCUCGCCAACAACAACAACUUCCACCAUCUCCCCUACGCCAAGCACCACGACUGGUACUUCCAUAACGACCACAACACCAUCGGCAACCACGCCAACUACUACAACGCCAACUGCUCGCAAUGUCAACGAUAUCGAUGACAAUGAGGACGACGAUGAUGAUCAGGAAUAUGAUCUGCAGUACAAUGAUAACAACGAUUACCACGGUUAUGCCGCCGCCGCCGGUGCCGCCAGCAAGCGCAGCCAGGAAGAUGCUCUUACUCGCCAGCGUCGCCAGUUCAGACGCCAACAAAAGAUCCAGCGUCAACGUCAGCGCAAGAAUGCCCAGCGUCGUCGUCGCCAGCGCAAGCAGCAGCAGCAGCGUCGCCGUCAGCGCAAGCAGCAGCAGCAGCGUCGUCGCAACCGCAUCCAGAACAUCCGUCGCAUCAACCGCUUCCGCAAGAACGCCAACAGGAACAGGUCUCCCAACCGUCGCGUCAACCGCAUUAUGGUCUAA